CGAAAGCAUUUGGUCGCCAGUUGACGUGAAUUGGUCGCCUCGCUUACGUACGAAAGCGUUUGUUUAUUUACGCACUCGUCUUUUCCCAAAUCUUCUCGUGUUCCGUGUUUUGUUAUGGUUCUGUGACGUAGGUUGGUUAAUUGGACUUUUUUUUUCAAAAUUUGAGACGAAAUCUCUCGCAAUGUUGGUCUUUGAGAAUCCAACCUCGCAUCACCAAAAAGAAGUGCUGUCGUCCAAUUCUGGGCACUUGGUUAAAGUUACUGCUAGAAAAAUUCCAGCACUCAACACUUAUCAGCCUCUCGAAAAAGAGACACUAAUCUCGUCGAGUUAUGGUUCACACUCUGGUCCAUCGUCGAGGCAUCUAAGCGCCACCUAUCGGAACGCAGUCUCCAGAAGUGCAUUUUUCAAUUCCGAAUUGCCGCAUUUCGACACGAGCAAAUCAUCUUGCAGACUAAACCUAAACCAAGGAUCGACAGCCCCGACGCCAUCCACGCCCAUGGUUGACUCACUCCCUAGUCUCAAUAACAACCUAAAUAAGGACCAUGAAGUUACAAACAACAACAAGGAGGACAUUUCCUUCCCCCUUACGUCAAUCGAGGCACUACGCUUAUACGGAAACCGACUCACCGAAUACGAAAAGACUGAAAUUGAAAAAUACUCGAAAAUCUGGUAUCUCGGUUUGAGCGCCUGUAAAAUUCACGGCGAACAAGGCGGAUCCCAAAAUGGUGGAUACGAUGACGAGAGCGGAAGUUAUAAUAAGGUCUUGCACGACCAUAUAUGUUACCGAUACGAGAUUCUGGAAGUAAUAGGCAAGGGUAGCUUCGGCCAAGUGAUACGAGCACUCGAUCACAUGACCAACAAGCACGUGGCCAUCAAAGUGAUAAGGAACAAGAAACGGUUCCAUCACCAAGCAUUGGUCGAGGUCAGGAUUCUCGAUCACCUCAGAAAACGGGACAAGGAGAGCAAUCACAACGUUAUCCACAUGCUGGAAUAUUUUUACUUCAGGAAUCAUCUGUGUAUUAGCUUCGAAUUGCUCAGCCUUAAUCUCUACGAACUGAUCAAGAAGAACAACUACCAGGGAUUUAGCUUAAAUUUAAUCAGGAGGUUCGCGAACUCGCUACUCAAAUGCCUCAGGCUCUUACAGAAAGAGAAUAUCAUCCACUGCGAUCUAAAACCGAGAGCGUUGUCCAGUCCAAUCAGCCAUUGGAUAGCCUCUUUAGGGAGUCCAACAAAGUCUGAGAGGGGGCCGGGGUAUGCGCGAUUGGGACACUCGGCCGAGAUAUGGCGGAUCGUCUGA